AUGGUUCCAUAUAAUCGCACAUCAACAGCUUUUCAAAUACUACUAGUGGCGUGUCUGGUGGAGCGCUAUGCUGCUACCAGCUGGCGCCAAGUGAAACCAAUGUAUUUAGCAAUGUACGAACGGUUCAAUGAAUAUUCUACUAGUGAUCCCAUGAUUUUAAGCCUGGAAGCGGAUCCUGUGGAGGAAAAUAUGCCACCGGAUGGUGGCGCACAAGCAAUGGAUCGGAUUUUUGGCGGUAGUGUUGCACAGCGGCAUAGUUUCCCCUAUCAAGUCGGUUUGUUAUUGCAACGGCCAAAGGGUCUGUACUGGUGCGGUGGUGCAUUGAUCUCGGACGAGUUCAUCUUGACUGCGGCGCAUUGUGUGGACAUGGCGAAGCGUGCUUUAGUCUUUCUUGGUGCGCAUGAGAUCAAAAACGCUAACGAAUUGGGCCAAGUGCGAAUUAUGGUGAAGCGUAGCAAUUUCAUUAUAUAUCCAACGUGGAAUCCUCGCCGACUCAAAGAUGACAUCGCUUUGGUGCGUUUGCCAGUACCCAUCGAAUUUAAUGAACGUAUUCAUCCAAUUCCAUUGCCAAGUCGGAGUUAUGAAUAUAAAAGUUUUCAAAAUAAGUUGGCCAUUGCAUCGGGCUGGGGGCGCUAUGCAAUGGGUUCACAUGCUAUUAGCAACGUGCUGCGAUACGUUAAACUGCGAGUUAUUGACGGUGGAACCUGUAAACGUAGUUUUCCACUAUCAUUUCGCAAUACGAAUAUUUGUACGAGCGGUAAAUAUGCGCGUUCCACCUGCAAUGGCGACUCCGGUGGUCCAUUGGUUGUGCGUCGUAAGUAUACGAAUAAGCGUAUACUCAUCGGCUUGACAUCCUUUGGCAGCAUACAUGGUUGCGACCUCGGUUAUCCGGCAGCAUUUACAAAAGUCGCCUCCUAUCUGGAUUGGAUUAGUGAUGAGGCAGGCAUUGAUUUGUGGGAUUUGUCGUCGAAUACGAUAAUUUUCAAACAAAUUUUAAAAGACUAUGAAAAGAAACAUAAAAAGUAUGUAUAUACUAAUGAGGAUGCAGCGGAGGAAGACGAAGAGUGGAUCGAUAAUAUAGAGGAGCUACCACAAAUUAUGACAGCACGACAGAAACGUCCCUCUUGGGUCGGACAUACUUCAUCUACGCCAUGGUCGCUACGUGAAAAAGUGCGUUAUUCAACACCAAAAACUUAUCGAAAAUAUUUAUUUUUGUGA